AUGUUUCAGGGAAUGGAACUCGUCAGAACUCUUCAAUGCCCGAUCAAACAUGGGCAGUCAGGUUUCGCCCAGGGAAUUCCCCAUCCGUGCACCUGCAAUCAGAGCACAAACGUACGUGUAAUACUACGCAGUCGGAUUCUCGGAAAGGGGGCUUCGUAUGAAGCUGACGACGUAAGACUGAGACACACGCUCAACCGUAUUGUACUUGUGGUACCUGUAUUACCGCAAGUAGCAAUGAUGGACACGAACUGGGAUCGACAGGGGAGCGCCACACUACACUGCGCCAUCGUCAUACAUAUUCUGACAUCCCCUGAAUUUCCACGUGGAGAGCCCGAAGGCCCCUCCGUCCAAGCUGAAAAGACACUGUGUAUCGUCAAAGCAAAGUCCGUACCUGAGAGCCACAAAAGUUCACGGGUGGCACACCUUUAUUGGCUUCUGUGGCUGGCAGCUGAACUCCAAGAACCAACCAGUGCACUCAACGAUGAAUGUUGA